ACCAAGCGCAAGAAUGUACAGAGCGGUAGAAUAUUGAAUGCGUGUGAAAAGCAGAUUUAUAGUUGAAGUGAAAUCUAGUGUUUUGGAGUGUAAACAAGACUCACGAGAUGCGAAACGCAUCACACCGCAAGUGAUUGAAUAUUUAAGUUUAGCUAGCAGAAAAAAAAACAUAAGCUUAAUCUCAAAAUGCGUAGCCACAUGUAUGUGAUAAUUGUGAUCACGAUGCCACUUAUAAUACCAAACGGUUCUCGGCCUGACCGUGGUUUGGUCAUGGCGGAACAACAGCAGAACACUGUUGAAGAAUACGCAGAUGAUGACGAUCAUUUCUGCAAGAACGUGGACAUUCGAAACAAUCUAGAGCGGUUAAAUAAAAUCAAAAAUUGCACCGUUAUUACCGGCUUUCUACAGCUGGUGCUGAUCGAACGGAUCCCGUCGCAGGAGUUUGAUAAGUUUCAAUUUCCAAAUCUGAGAGAGGUCACCGGAUUUGUGCUAUUCUUUCGUGUGUUCAAUUUGAUUUCAUUGCGCAAUCUGUUUCCCAAUCUCAUGAUGAUUCGCGGCCAGGAACUGAUCGGAAACUAUGCGUUAAUUUUCUACGAUUUGCCACACUUGCAAGAGAUUGGCUUGAAGAAUUUGAUUGCCAUCCAGCGGGGUUUCGUUUACACGCAGUAUUGUCCUCUGCUGUGCCACACCGACACGAUAGAUUGGGCCAGCAUAACCCACAUGACCAACAAGACACGGGAUCAGAACCGCUUUGACAAACCGGCAGCUGUGUGCAACCAGGCCGAGGUGUGUCGGGGUUGUCCCCGGAAGUUCUGCUGGGGCAGUCAAAGCUGCCAAAAAUUCCACACCGGUUAUGAUUUCACAGGAAAUAUCAAGUGUGACGCACAAUGUAUUGGAGGCUGUACCAGCAGGAAGGACACCGGUUGCCGAGUCUGUCGUGGGCCGAAAGAUGGGAAGCGCUGCGUAGAGAAAUGCCUCCCGGGGAAGGUGCUAUUCCACGAAACCCAACGGUGUAUCAGCAAAGCCAGAUGCGUUGCCCGUGGUGGAUUAGAGUACAACGGUGAAUGUGUGGCCGAGUGUCCCGCGGGCUAUAGUGCAGCGAACGUCGAACAGGUUGAUGCAGAUUUUUCGAACCACACCUGCUAUCCGUGCCAAGAUCGCUGUCCGAAGAUUUGCGAAGGCAUGCAGGUGAUGUAUCUGGUCGAUGCAGAACGUCUGGAGGGAUGCACGAUCAUCAACGGGACGCUGCAGAUACGAAUGGUUGAGGACCAUCCGAACUUGAUGGGUGAGCUGCGGAAAAUGCUCGGUGGUAUUGAAGAAAUUAUGGGCUAUCUGAAGGUUUACCGGUCGAAUUCUUUGCCGUCUUUGGAGUUCUUCGAAAACCUGAUGACUAUUCAUGGGCAACUGGGACUCGGGCAUGGCAAUUACUCACUGAUGGUGUACGAGAAUUCGAACCUUCAACGGCUGUGGAAUUACGAUUACAGAACGGAAUUGAAAUUGUUAACCGGCAGUAUGUAUUUUGUAUAUAAUCCAUUGCUGUGUGUCUCCCAAAUAGAGCUCUUGAAAAAGAUCACAAUCUACAACAACACGAACGAUUUAAUUAACGUUGAUUCCAACGGGUUUAUGCAGUCCUGUAAUGUCGUAAGUAUAACAGUCAAAUCUGAAGUAUUAUCAAGUAGAAAUGCAACAAUUUACUGGACCAAAUAUAAUACCGCGCCUCUACAGCAGUUAGUGGGCUAUGUUAUUUACUUAACACCUUCGAUGAAGGAACGAUCCCCGUAUGACGGGCGGGAUGUCUGCUCAGAGUAUAGUUGGCAAUCAAAACUGAUUCGUUUGAGGGAAACAAAAAUUGUGGGAAACUACCUGUCAUAUAACUUGACAGGCUUGAAACCCCUCACUCGUUACGCAUACUACAUUAAAACGUACGUAGCCGAUAAUAGUCAUAACAUGACUGAACGUAGAAUUGGUAAGUCCGGUGUCCAAUAUUUCACCACCAAAAUUGCUAAACCAACACCGCCGCUAAAAGUUUACACGGUUCGUAAAACAGAACAUUCCAUAACGUUUUCCUGGAAAAUUUUGAAAUCCGAAGCCAACCUUGUGCAACGUCUUCAUGUGGAUGUUUUCAUUCAACCCGAUGACCUCAACCUCUUGGACCAGCGCAAUUACUGCAUUAAUCCCAUCAGAAGCGUGGAGGAAAGCACGGAUAGUACUGAAACGUGUACAGCUGAGUUGUGUUGUUCGGAAGAUGAAAUCAUACAGGAUGUACCGGACAUCGCCGACGUCGAUGGUGAUAUUUUCUUGCGCAAAAAACGAUCUGUACAGUCCGCGCCAGAAAAAAGCACAUUCGAAAAUGAAUAUUCGGACAAAUUUCAAGACACGAUGUAUAGUUUUCUGUCGGAAUCGUUGCCUUCCAAUCCGACUGUAUCAAGAAGUCGGCGAAAACGUGAGACAGAGGAUCUGAGAAAUCGCAUCUACUUUCACAAUUUUCACGCCGAUAACAAAGAUUUUACCGUUGCCAAUCUACUGCCGUAUACGUACUACACAUUCCAGCUAUUCGCCUGUAGCGCCGAGGAGUUUACUUACUGUAGUCCUUACAGCAUCUACUCCGAUCGAACGGAGCCAUCACCAACGGUAGGUCAGCUGGAUUUGAUUGUCAGCAAACAGUCCAACGGAUCGAUUCAGUCUGAUUGGAAUUCCAUAAUCGUUCGUUUUCUAGAACCUGAGGUGGUGAACGGUGCCACCGUGGCAUUCAAUGUUGAAAUUAAAUCCCUUAAUAUGCUUGUACCGAUGUCGCGGCGCGAGUGUAUCACCAGAUUACAGCACGAGCUAGCCGGUUAUAGCUAUAUAUUCCGCAAUCUAACCGUUGGGGAGUAUGCCGUACGAGCACAGGUCAUCUCGUUGGCCGGUCCCGGACCGCACAGUGAUUGGUAUUUUGCACAGGUUGUACCCCGUGAAGAAAUCUGGGAGGACCACUCACUGCGCAAUGGGUUUGUUACGUUCGCCGUGCUGUUAUCUCUUACGACGAUCGGAAUCGCCUCUUAUUACUUGUAUCAGAAGUUUAAAAUGCAUCACGACGAUAAGGUGCCGCUGGUUGAGUAUGAUGUUAACACUUUGGCAGCCGAGGAUGGAUUUGUUGAUUGUGCUCUCCACUAAACGGUAUUUGAUGGUCUGGAAGUUCCGUCCAUUUAUUAGAAAUUUAGGUAUAUAAAAAAUAUGUUCCUCUAUAUGCGUAUAUUCUGAUAAAAGUUACCACCUAUGUUAGAAGGUUUUUGUUGUACGAAAUAAAUUGUUCAUCAUGGCGUUGAUUGCUCAAAUGAU